AUGAAAUGCGCCAACGAGACCGUGACGAUCGAGUUGAAGAAUGGAACAAUCCUCCACGGCACCAUCACCUCCGUCUCGCCGCAGAUGAACACCGCCCUGCGCACCGUCAAGAUGACCCCCAAGGGCCGCGACCCCAUCUCCCUCGACACGAUUAACAUCCGCGGUUCUACGAUCCGGUACUAUAUCCUCCCCGACAGUUUGCCCCUGGAUACUCUUCUCGUCGACGAUCAGCCGAAGCCCAAGAAUAAGGCGCGCAAGGAAGCAGACCGUGGUGGUCGCGGCGGUGGCCGUGGUAUGGGACGGGGUGGCCCCAGAGGUCGUGGUCGCGGACGGGGACGGGGUAGGGGGUUCUAA